AUGCUGUCAGGCCAGUGGUGGCCAAGUACUUGGGGGAGCCUAGGGCUGGGGCCCAGAAACACUUCUCAGGGAUCCCAGCUCUGUGCCCUGUAUGCCUUCACUUAUACUGCGACAGAUGGCCAGCAGAUAUCUCUGGCUGAAGGGGACAGGUUCCUACUGAUUCGAAAGACCAACUCAGACUGGUGGUUGGCAAGGCGCCUGGGAGCACCAUCCACCUCACGACCGAUCUUUGUACCAGCUGCCUACAUGACAGAGGAAUCUACUGAUUCCCAGAGCCUGACCACUGUCACCACCAGGCAAUCCCUCUGGGCUCAUGGGCCAAAGUUGCUUCCUGACUCACCGGAGGAGCUGCACCUAUCUCAGGCAACCCCAGGCAGAGCCCAGACUGCAUUGCAGCAGCCCCCUCCUCUUCCCCCCAAAAUUUGUAGAAGUGUCAGUGUUACCAAUUUGAGGCCCACCCUCCUGAAGCCCUCCCAGGAUGGACAAAGUGAAAGGUCUCUCUCCCAAGAGAACUUGCUGACAGAGGCCAAUGCCAAUGUGGCAGGACCCCAGCCCCUCAUGUCAGAGCCCCCUGUGUACUGUAACCUAGUGGAGCUUCGCCGCUGUCCCCGGUCCCCACCCCCAAGCCCUGCGUGUGCCCCGCUACAGAGGCUGGACGUCUGGGAGCAGCACCUGGACCCUAACUCCGGACGCUGCUUCUACAUAAAUUCGUUGACUGGCUGCAAGUCCUGGAAGCCUCCACGCCACACUCGAACCCGAGAGACGAACCCUGGCUCCAUGGAGGGAACACAGAUGCUGAAUAGGGGCAACGGUGUCCUGCAGCCUCAGGCGAAGGGCUCAGGACCUGACACAGGGUCUCCAGAACUGCUCAACCUCCAGGGUUCACCCUGCCUCUGCCAGCGCCCCUCCCAGCUUGACCCCUCUGACCAGCCUUCAGCCUGGCAGCCCCUUCGGCCUCUGCCGCAGGUCCUGGAGGACCCUCACGAGGUGGAAAAGUCGGGUCAUCUCAACGUGACUAAGAUUGCUCAGGGGGGACGCAAGCUCAGGAAGAACUGGGGCCCGUCUUGGGUGGUGUUAGCCGGUAACAGCCUGGUGUUCUACCGAGAGCCACCCGCAGCCGCACCCUCCUCAGCCUGGGGACCAGCGGGCAGCCGACCCGAAAGCAGCGUGGACCUACGCGGGGCGGCCCUAGCCCACGGGCGCCACCUGUCCAGCCGCCGCAACGUCCUACACGUGAGUGCUGUCUCCAGCAUCCCCACAGCUCCUCCUCCCCGAGGGUGCGCCCUCAAUUUCCCGCACCAGUCUCCCAUUCGGCCUCCCUACCUCUCUCUUCUCUCCCCCACCUCGCCCGUCCGGGGCUAGGAUCGGGAGAACCCGCUGGAGCUGCGUCUGUCGGGCUCCGGGCCGGCCGAGCUGGCGGAGCUGAGCGCCGGGGAGGACGACGAGGAGGAGCCGGAGCCCGCGUCCAAGCCCCUGCUGCGAUUCGGCGGCCGGCGGAGCUCCAGUCGCUGCCCCGAAGGAACUGAGCAGAACCGCGUGCGGAACAAGCUAAAGCGGCUUAUCGCUAAGAGACCGCCCUUGCAGAGCCUGCAGGAGCGGGGUCUGCUCCGAGACCAGGUAUUCGGCUGCCAGUUGGAAUCACUGUGCCAGCGGGAAGGAGACACCGUGCCCAGCUUCGUGCGGCUCUGCGUUGCUGCUGUAGAUAAGAGAGGUCUAGAUGUGGAUGGCAUUUACCGGGUGAGCGGGAACUUGGCAGUGGUUCAGAAGCUUCGUUUCCUGGUGGACAGAGAGCGGGCGGUUACCUCUGAUGGGAGGUACGUGUUCCCAGAACAACCAGGACAAGAAGGCCGGUUAGAUUUGGACAGUGCUGAGUGGGAUGACAUCCAUGUGGUCACUGGAGCCCUGAAGCUUUUUCUCAGGGAGCUACCCCAGCCUCUGGUCCCCCCCCCGCUGCUGCCCCAUUUUCGUGCUGCCCUUGCACUCUCAGAACCAGAACAGCGCCUCUCUCAAAUACGAGAAUUAAUAGCCUCAAUGCCAAAGCCCAACCAUGACACUCUGCGGUACCUCCUGGAGCAUCUAUGCAGGGUGAUAGCACACUCAGAUAAGAACCGCAUGACCCCCCACAAUCUGGGAAUUGUGUUUGGACCAACCCUGUUUCGGCCCGAGCAGGAGACAUCUGACCCAGCGGCCCAUGCUUUCUACCCUGGGCAGCUAGUCCAGUUGAUGCUCACUGACUUCACCAGCCUCUUCCCCUGACUGGGGCACAGAUGAAGAGAAAACGUGUUUCCAACGGUACCCUUUGGUGGUGUGGUGUGGUGUGUUCUGAGGACAUCCCUUUAAAUCCCAUGUCUUCCAGGUGACUGUCUCCAUCUUUGUGAGUCUGACCUGAGGGGUUGGGAUGUGGUGAGGUAACUUCUCUAAAGAGGAA